AUGGCACGCGACCUGUCAGCCACUUUAAAAAGUGCUUCUUUAAACUUGGCUCCGUAUGAGGAUCUGUACAAGUAUUUCCACACCCAUCCCGAACUGUCGCUACAAGAAGAAUCUACAUCUCAAAAAGCCGCAGCUCAUCUGUCUCAGUUGAAAGUUUAUGAGAUCCACACACAUAUCGGUGGUUAUGGCCUUGCAGGAGUCCUUAGAAAUGGACCUGGAAAGACCGUCCUAUUGCGUGCCGACAUGGAUGCACUCCCAGUCAAGGAACUCACCGGACUUCCAUACGCAAGCUCGGUCACCAUGCGCGACGCGGACGGCGUCGAAAAACCAGUGAUGCAUGCAUGUGGACAUGACAUGCACAUGACUUGUUUACUUGCAGCGGCGGAAACUCUUGCGAAUCUUCGGCACGCGUGGAGCGGAACGUUGAUCGUGCUGUUUCAGCCCAACGAGGAACGAGGCGCAGGCGCGCAGGCUAUGGUUGACGAUGGACUCUACUCUAAAAUCCCUGUUCCGGACUAUGUCUUUGGCCAGCACGUGAUGCGUAUGCGUGCAGGAAGUGUUGGAUCACGGCCCGGCACGAUCAUGGCUGCUGCUGACAGUCUUAAGAUUACUGUCUAUGGGCGAGGUGGCCAUGGGUCGUUGCCACAUCAGACAGUAGAUCCUGCACUUCUCGCGGCGCAUAUUGUUGUUAGACUGCAGGGGAUUGUAAGCAGGGAGAUUGAUCCAAGCGAUCUGGGAGUCGUGACUGUUGGGAGUCUGCAAGUCGGACAGACAGAGAAUAUCAUUGCAGACCGGGCUGAAAUAGGGCUUGAUUUUAGGACUGUCAAGCUGGAGACCCGACAGAAGAUUCUUUCUGCUGUUCGACGCAUUGUUGAGGCUGAAUGCGUGGCUAGUGGCUCGCCGAAACCCCCAGUGUUUACUCCAACACGACGAUUUCCACCCACCUCAAAUGACACAGAGGUAGCGUCUCAAUUGGCAGCAUCUUUCGAAACGCAUUUCGAGGAAUUUGACGGGGAUACACCGAGAACCAAUGUUAGCGAAGACUUUUCGACGCUGGGCACUUGCAAAGAUAUUCCAUGCAGUUUUUGGUUCAUUGGGGGCAUUGAUCCAGGACUCUGGGAUAGGGUUCACAAAGAAGAAAAUCCCACAGAAGAGAUACCUGGGAACCACUCUGCCCUUUUUGCACCUGUUAUUCAACCGACGAUGAGAACUGGAGUGGAUGCUCUUUGUAUUGCAGCUUUGACGUUUUUGAGGAAAUAG